AAAACCAACAACACAAAAACUCUAAAGUAAAAGAAAUAUCAACACACAACAAUGGAAGCACAACUUUUUUCUUUUGAUUCCUUACAAUCUAAUUUCUCAUGGGAACUAGAUCACCAACUUCAAAAUAUUUACGACGAUCAAUUCCCCAAUUCAUUUCCUCUCGAUUCCAACGACUCCGAACAAAUGAUUCUCUUUCAUGUUCUAUCAUCAUCCUCCUCCUCCUCCACAUCAUCGGAACACAAAAUUCAGUCAUCGGAGUCAAACUCGACAAGCGGCGGCGGAGGAGUUGCCGUAAAAGAAGAGGAAGUAGAAGAAGUUUCAACCUCGAAGAAGGAGAAAUCAUUCAGAGGAGUAAGGAAGAGGCCGUGGGGAAAAUACGCGGCGGAGAUUAGAGACUCGACAAGAAAUGGAAUUAGGGUUUGGUUAGGAACGUUUGAUAGUGCGGAAGCUGCGGCUUUAGCUUAUGAUCAAGCAGCAUUUUCUAUGAGAGGUUCAAUGGCUAUUAUGAACUUUCCGGUGGACGUGGUUAAGGAAUCACUUCAAGAGAUUAAGUAUAGAUGCGACGACGGUUGUUCGCCGGUGAUUGCUUUAAAGAGACGCCACUCCAUGAGACGGAAGUCGUCGGUUAACGGUGGCAAGAAGAGUAGUAAAGUGAAGGAGGUUAAAGCCGUUAAUAAUAGUAACAGAACGCAGCAAAAUAAUGUGGUGGUGUUUCAAGAUUUAGGAGCGGAGUUCUUAGAGGAGCUUUUAAGCUCAUCUUGCGACGGAAGUCCGAUAAAUCCAUGGUGGUGAUCGGAGUUCUUGAUUAUGUUCAUUAUUUUUUGUUCUUUAGUGAUGAUUUUCUUGAUCUUUUUAUUUUCUUGAUUUUCUUGAUCUUUUUACUUGUAAACAAAACAAGAACUAAGUGUUAAGCUACUUUUCUUGAUGGGUGGUGGUGGAAGAAGGUGGUGGUGGUGGUGGUGGUGGUAGGGGUGGUGGUGGUGGUGGUAGGGUUAAGUUUUAUUUGUCAAUUAUAUGUUUUGGAUCUUUGUAAAGUUGGAAUUAUACAUAUAAAGUUUCUUUAAAAAUCAGAAAUUUGGAUCAAUUAUUGCAAUCUAA